UGCAGCUGUUUUCCGGGCUGUCCACCGGCCCGUUCUUCUCGGUGAAAUGGCAGAGGUCGGUCAGAGGCUGGGGAGCGGAGUUUACCGACUGUCCGCCCUCAGGAACAGCCAGAGUCGUCCGGUGUGCGCCGGUGAAAGCCCCGGAUCUCUGCUGGUAAACUGCUCCUUCAGUGACAGCCGCGUUAAAGAGGAAUCAGCCCGGGACCAACGUGAAGUUCAGCCAGUGUCAGAAAGCAGAGCAACACAACGCAAACCAGAGAAACUUUCCAGAGGGAGGAAAAGUAAACGUCAACAGGUAAAUGGAAGUUUGCUUUGUGCCACGUCUUUGGAGCUGGAUUCAUCCCGUUUUAUCGGGUUUGUUCAAACCAGAGAGAGCGUCCAAGCUCAUAAAACAGCCCUGUACUUAGCUGCAAGACUGCAGCCUCUCCUCCAGGAGAAGCUGCCACUCUGCAGGAUGACAUGCUGGACCAGAGGAGCUAUUUCCAUCCACCCUGACACCUUCAGAUCUCCUCAGCAGCUCCGAGCUCUCUGCACUGUUGUCUUCAUUCUGGCAGAUCAGGGAUCAGAGAGGCCAGGAUGUGGACAGGGACUGAGACGGCUGAAACUACAACCUGAUCCAUUUACAGCAACUAGAAACUACUGCUGGAGGAGUGAUGGGAGCUCAAAAGAUGCUCCUCUGCUGUACAGAAGCAGGACGGCCUAUUACGACAUCCUCAAAGUGACCCCAGGUGCCACACAGUCCCAGAUCAAGACGGCUUACUACAAGCAGUCCUUUAUUUACCACCCUGACAAGAACCCAGGGAGCAAGGAGGCCACCCAGCGCUUCUCUGAGAUCAGUGAGGCUUACACCGUGCUGGGUAACAUCAGCCUGAGGAGGAAGUACGACCGGGGCAUCCUGAGCCAGUCAGAUAUCAGAAGUGCGGGGAGACCGUCCUCCAAAGAGACCACGAGCAGAUCCACAGGCUCCCAACAGCAGCAGCAGCAUCAACAGAGAGCCAGACGGUACUCCCAAACAGGCGGGAGGCCCAUGUUUGAUUUUGAUGCCUUUUACCGGGCUCACUACGGGGAGCAGCUACAGAGAGAGAAGGACAUGAGGGCCAGGAAGGAGCGCAUGCAGGAGCAGCAGAGGGAGCAGCUGAGCAGGUGGAGGCAGGGGAAGAUGAUGGAGGUGACUGUGGCGAUGCUGCUGGCCAUGGCAGGGCUGAUAUUUGUGAAUCUCACCAGGCCCUGAAAUAGAAGCAGCUACCAGAUGUGAUCCUAUGGGGUUACACGUUACGACUCUCAGGGCGGGAGGACACGGAGGGGGUUGGGGGUGCUACCUCGGACUGUUUUGCAUGUGUUGCACAAUUUCGGACAGUUGCAGAGGAUAAUUUUAGUUUGUUGCAGGAGUAGACAAAGACUGUCUCUCUAAAGCAGCAGUUAGGCUUUCAUUCAUUAUAUGUAGCUGAUAAUAUUAAAGGUUAGGGUCACUAUUUUUCAAGUUUGUCUUAAAGAAAUAGUCAGGUGCCCAUAUGAGCAUUGAAUCAGUUUAUGCAUUCUGUCAUCUAGGGGUGGGUUUUUGUCAAUUGCUAAUUUAACUUGAUUCUGCUUUUCCCCUUUUUGAAUGCAAAUUUUCUGAAUUGUUCCAAAAGAAACCCCUGAUAUAUAUUCAGUAAACAAGAAUGUUUUGACAAAUGUUGCAGGGAGAGAAUCAUCAUACUGGUGUGAUUGUAUGCAUCAAAGGGUUAAAUCGCACAUUUAUGAAGUGCUUUAAAGGAGAUUUCAAAAUAUUGAGAUAUAUAUCAUGUAUCACAAUAUAGCCUAAAAAUAUUGCAAUAUUAUUUAUUGUUUAUAUUACUGUAAUUUCUCCUAUUCACACUGGCUACUAAGAGAUCCCCUCCUAAUGUGUUUUCAUUGUCAGUGAUGGAGGACAAAAUCCCACCCAUGCAUAAGUGUAUUCCAAAGUUUAUUUGCAGCUAAUUUGAGGCUUCAGCAAUCUGUGUUAGACAAAUCAUAUGUAUAUCAUCCAGAGUUACAGCCUUUUUUAGCAGCUCACUAUGGAAACAAAAAGUACGACAAAUACUGUAACUUUGGAAGUUUGAUCCGUCUAACACAGACUGCUGAAGCCUCACGUGACCAUCAGAUAAACUUGGGAAUAUGUUUUAGCCCAGAAUAAGGUCUGUGGAUUCUGCGCCCCAUCACUUACAUAGCGUAGGAUCUGAAAGACAUAAACAAACUUUACACUUACCUAUAAAGGUGUGACCGCUUAAAAAAGUAGAAAUUGGAAAUCUGUGACCCACAUAGCAGAAUGUGGAAGUAUGAUUCGAGCAUGUAGCUCUUUCAGGAAUCUCAUUUGCCCAGAUGUUGCAACGUCUGCAGGAGAAAACCAGAGAAUCUGAUGUACAUGCACAUGAUGGAUUAGUCUUUGUACUGUCAACAGUUGUUCUACCAGUUGUGAAGCUGCUGUGUUAACCUGUUAAUUAACUAUCUAUUAGUCGUGGCAAGUUUGAACCCAAACAACUUUUUUUGACAGCUUUAAUAGAUUUUUUUCUGUCCAUCCAAACACUGCACAAAUAUGGGAAACUUAAACUUUACAUGCUGAACAACACGGUUCCUCCAUCUUUCCCUAUACACUGGUGCUGUAAUCUAGACAAUUACUUUAAGUGUAGGAUUUGAAGAUAAUUUGCUAUUACACAUGUUUAACUGUAUACAUGUAUGUAAUGUACAUACAGGAUGUCACAUCGUGUUUGAUAUAUCACUAGAAAUUUUUGAAUUGUUUAUUUUAUGUACAGGAAACUGUAUUUGAGCAAAUAUAAUAAAAUAACAUCAAUUUU